GUGUGCAAAUACAUAAUGUGCAUUAAGGUUCCCCGUCCACCCACACAUUCAGGCAUGCACACCUAUCCCCUACAUGUUUUGACAGUUUUUGCAGUGCUGUGUUGUCCGGCUGUUAUCGCGUAUCGCCCUCGGCGUCGCCAGGUGCACGCUCGACACCGCUCGCACAGCCGCCACGAACACACACCCACUCGCUCAGCCACGCAGAAAAGAAAAGCAAGGCCGGCCAGUAGUCUCGACGUGCUCAUUGCACAGCUGGGGAGGCGGAACAGGUUCCAGUUCCUGAUGCUGGCGAUGUUGGCGACCAACUACAUUCCCUUAGUGUUCAACCAUGUCAUCAUGGCCUUCUAUGGCACCUCCCCCACUCACCUUUGUCACAUCACGUCUGCUGCUGCACCAGACAACGACACAAUGCAGGGUCACAACGACAGCAGAAACAUCACAUACAACAAUAUGACGGUGCUGGCGGAAACGCCGGUUGGCACGUGCAGCUCGCGCCUCUUUCUGGCGUCAGGCGACAACGUCACAGUCACGUGUCAACAUGGGCGAGACAGGUGGGAGUACAUGGCCAUGUACGGAGAACACACCAUAGUGUCAGAGUGGGAUCUGGUUUGUGAGCGAAAGUCCCUCGGGAGCUUGGCCACCACUAUCUACUUCUGCGGCGUCAUGCUGGGCGGCAUCCUUUUUGGUCACGUGGCUGACCACGUGGGCAGAUUGCCCGUGAUGCUGGGCACGCUGUACACCUCAGUGGCUGUGGGGGUGGGGCUGGCCUUUGUACCCACCUACCCAAUCUUCGCCGUCCUCCGAUUCGUGCAGGGAGUGCUGAUGCAGGGCCUGCAGACGUCCACCUACAUUGCUGCCAUGGAGAUGUUUGUUCCACGCCAGCGGCCAGCUGUGGGGGCGACCAUGGAAUGCACUUGGGGCGCCGCUGUCAUGGUGCUGCCCGGUCUGGCCCGCCUGCUGCGCAACUGGCGCCACCUUCAGCUGGUCAUCAGCGUGCCCAGCGCCCUCGUCGUCUUCUACAUCUGUGUAUCUUUGACUGACGAGGACUGUGGAUCUUCCUACAGCGUGCUGCCGGAGUCCUGCACUGGCUGGUCCUCAAUGGCCGCCUCGACAAGGCCGAAGCGCUGGCCCGGCAUGUGGCCAAGGUCAACAAGAUCCCUUCCCCAAAGACGUCUGGCAGUUGGUGGAGAGGGAGGCUGCCACAGCAGCGGCAUCCCCCGAAGCAGGUACAACAUUUGGCACCUGGUGCGCACACCUCACCUACGUCGGCGUUCACUCGUCCUCUUCUACCUUUGGCUGUCCAUCUCGACAGGUUACUAUGGCCUGACAUUUCAAGUCACAUCGCUGCCUGGCAACAUGUACCUGAAUUUCUUCAUCGGAGGACUAGUGGAGUUCAUAGCUUAUGCUGCCUCUGUGUUAAUCAUGAACAGAUUCGGACGAAAGCGUCCCCUGUUGGUCUAUUUUUUCUCAGCUGCUGCGUGCUGCAUCAGUGCCUCUGCCAUUCCACGCAGGACAACAAGUAGUGGUGUCAAACUAGAGGAUGUGUCUACUGCCCUUGCUAUCACUGGUCGCUUCUUUACCGCUGGCCUCUUCUCUGUCAUCUUCGUGUACACAACUGAGUUGUACCCAACAGUCAUAAGAAACAUCGGAAUGGGAACAUGUACAUUCUGGGCACGCCUUGGCGGAGUCAUUGCCCCCCAGAUUAACCAGCUGGGGACUGGGUCAGAGGUCAAGGUGCCUGUCAUGUUCUUUGGCUGCAUGGUGCUUGUUGGUGGUGGACUGCUCCUUCUCCUACCUGACACUCACAAUCAACAGCUUCCAGACACUGUCCAGGAUGUUGAGAACAGCCACUACAAUGAAACCUUGCACAAACAGACCAGCAGUUCCAGAUUCAACGAACCAAGCACGAGCUCAGAACCACAGGAGAGUGACAUGGACACACAUUCCAUUCAGCAAGAGAAUAUUACAACAAAACUGUAAUGCAUUUUCCAUUGACAUAAGGUGUUUAUAUUUUUCAACUCCUUGUGAUAUGGUAUGGUCCAGGAAAUGAAGAAGGACACACAUUAUAAUCA